UUGUCAAAUUUUAUUUCUACUACAUCUGACAGUUGUUUUUGUUUCAAGUCAAAAAUGUCUAUUUUGUAAACAUCUUAAUUUACUCGGUGAGUUCAAUGCAUCUUAUUGUUUAGCUGAGUUUAAAUUGUUGCCAGGAAGAAAUACAGAUUGUUUCUACACAAUAAUUCUGAAAAUAGUUUUUCUAACCGUGUUACAAAUAUGAAGUUAUUGUUAUUCCUAAUGUGUAUUUUGCAGUGACAGGAGGAGAUGACCAAAAGGAAGUAAUUCUUGAGGAGUUGAGUAAACAUGUAAUUGACAGAAAACUUUCUGAGAUAAAGACUGAUCAAAGUGGGGAAAAGAAUCCAGUCAAGUUUGAAAAUUUAUUUUCCCUCAAGAAGAAUGGGAAUUCCACCAAUGUGCUAGCAGUGCUAAUGAAAGGAGUCCCUGGAAUUGGUAAAACAUUCCAAACUAAAAUGUUCAUGAUCGACUGGGCAAAAGGAAAAUCCAACAAACACAUAAAGGCUUUAGUGACCUUUGAUUUCAAGGAGUUGAAUACAAAGAAGAAUGAAGUAAAAAGCAUGGAGUCUCUGCUGGAUGAUUUUUUCAACAAAAAAAAUGCUGUGAUUUCCAUUGAUGAUAAGAAUAAAAUAUGUUUUAUUCUUGAUGGUCUGGAAGAAUGCAAACUUCCUCUUGACUUUGUAAACAACAAAGAAGUUAAAGACUUGAAGGAAGCAGCAUCAACGGAUGUGCUGCUGACGAAUCUGAUCAAAGGAAAUCUGCUUCCUGAUGCUCGUAUUUGGAUCAUUUCUCAACCACAAGGAGUUAAAAAGAUUCCUUCUGAAUAUAUUGAGAAAACUGUUCAAUGUCAAGAAACCGAUGAGCAACGAAAGAACCUACAAUCAUGUCUGAAAGUUAAAUUUCUGAAAGAAAUCACUGAUGAAAAAGAGGAAAUCAGUCAUCCAAACCAGAGAACAACAGAACAUAUCAUCAGAAGAGAAAAUGGCUCUGAAGAAGUGGAAAGUAAGGAGAACAAGUUUACAAAAGUAGUGACAUCCACUUCUGAGAUCUUCAAAGAUGGGAAAGGAAAGGAAACUAGAACUGUGAUGACCACUGGAGGAACUGGCAUAGGAAAAUCUUUUCACAUGAAAAAAUUUAUAAAAGAAUGGGCUAAAAAGGGUAAUGAUACCUGGCCAUUUUUCACCUGGAUCAAGGAUACCUUAAGCGGGGCAAAACCUGUUGAGCUUUUGUUCCUAAUUGACUUCUCAAAACUUAACUUCAUAAAAAAUACAAACAUCAGUUUGUUUGGGCUUCUUAACGACUUCUUUGAGGAGACCAAAAAUAUCAUCAUCUCUGACUAUUCCCAGUUAAAUAUUAUGUUUCUGUUGGAUGGACUCGAUGCAUAUCAACAUUUAGACUUUGAAAAGUAUAAAGAGAGUUCUUUGACUGAUGUCAGAGAACCAUCCUCAGUCGAUGUGUUACUAAUAAACCUUAUCAGAGGAAACCUGCUUCCAAAGGCCAAGGUCUGGAUAACCUCUCAGCCUCCAGCUGCAGAGAAAAUCCCUGAUGGCCUCAUUGACAGACUGACAGAAAUACGAGAGAAGCCUGAUAUCACAAGUCAAAAGAAACUCAAAAGUCAACUAAAAGAUCAAUUUACCAGUGUGUCUGAAGGGAUUGAUGGACAGAAGACCUCAGCUCUUCUCAACGAGGUUUUCACUGACCUCUACAUCAUAGAAGGAGAGCGAGCUCAAAAUGAAAUCAUGCAAGUUCAGGAUGCAAAGUUCAAAACAACAAAUGAAGAAACAUCUAUUAAAUACUGUGACAUCUUCAAACCUGCAAAUAGUAAUCAAAACAUUACGACUGUCCUUACCGUUGGAGUUGCAGGUAUAGGAAAAACAUUUGCCUCAAUGAAGUACAUACUUGACUGGGCAGAGAGCAAAGCAACAGAAAACAUUUUUUUCAUUUUACCACUUCCUUUCCGAGAGCUAAAUCUGAGAUCAGAUAAAGAACACAGUCUAGAAGAUCUGAUUCAUCAGUUCUUCCCAGCAAUGAGGACAUCUGAAAUAACUGACUAUGACAAGUACAAUAUUCUGAUUGUUCUGGAUGGUUUUGAUGAAUGUCGUCUUGAUCUUGAGUUCAAAACCAUAAAUAAAUGUAGUGAUGUCAGAACACCAACCACAAUGAAGGUUCUGCUGUCAAAUCUCAUCCUGGGAAAUUUGCUCCCUAAAGCUCAAAUCUGGAUCACCUCUCGACCUGCAGCAUCCAACAACAUUCCUCCAGAAAAGGUUGAUCGAAUGACAGAAGUGAGAGGAUUUAAUGAUGAGCAAAAGGAAAAAUAUUUUAUGAAGCGAUUCAAUGAUGCAGAGGAGGCUGAAAAAAUCUGGUCAUAUGUGAAGAAAUCAAGAUGUCUUUACAUGAUGUGUCACAUCCCUGUUUUCUGUUUCAUCACAUCAAAGGUUUUGGAGGACUUUGUUAAAAGAAACCAAGAUGAUGGACUGCCAAAAACUCUGACUGACAUGUACACACAUUUCCUUUUGCUCCAGCGCAGACAGACAAAAGCAAAAUAUAACACAGAUCAGUCAACAUCUGAAACCUCUGGAACGGAGACAUUCAGUGAUAAAACUAGUGAUGAAACAAUCCUAUCUUUGGGAAAACUUGCUUUCAAAGGACUAGAGGAGAAGAACCUUCUCUUCACUGAAGAAGACUUGACCAGUUGUGGGACUGAUGUAACCAAAGCUGCUGUUUUCUCUGGGUUGUUAACUCAGAUCAAACGAGAAAAUCAUGAUCUAUACAAGCAGAAUAUGUUUUGCUUUGUCCAUCAAAGCAUUCAAGAGUUCAUGGCAGCUCUCCAUGUCUUCUACUCUUUUACUAACAAAGGGGAAAAUGUGUUCACAGAAUCCACCUCAGCAACCUCUGACCUUACUGCCUCAGAGUUUUAUAAGAAAGCAGUGAACAAGGCUUUUGAGAGUGAACAUGGGGACUGGGACAUGUUCCUUCGCUUCCUAGUGGGUCUCUCUCUGGAAUCUAAUCAGGAUCUACUUCAGGAUCUAAUGGAUAAGAAUGAAAAACACAAAGACGCUAGUAAGGAAGCAGCAGAGUACAUCAAGAAGAAGAUCAGAGAGAACAAUGACCCUGAUAAAAACCUUAAUCUUUUCUACUGUCUUAAUGAGCUGAAUGACCACAGCCUUGUUCAAGAAAUCAAAGAUUAUCUUAAUACAGAAGAAAAACCUUUUGAAAAUUUCACUGAUUCUCAGUGGUCAGCUUUAACCUUUGUGCUGCUGACAUCAGAUGAAAACCUUGAAGUGUUUGAUCUUAAGAAAUACCUGGAAUCAGAGAAAGUUCUUCUGGGAAUGAUGCCAGUGGUCAAAGUCUCAAACACCACUUUACUGAGUUGGUGUGAGCUCUCUGGAGAAUCUUGCAAUGGUUUGACAUCAUCAGUGCUAACCAAGCCAUCCUCAAAUCUCACAUUGUUGGAUCUGAGUCAUAAUGAUUUGAUGGAUGCUGGAGUGAUGCGACUUGCUGAUGGGUUGAAACAUGUGAACUGUAAACUGGAGACUCUCAAGUUGGCAGGAUGUCAGGUGACAGAGAGAGGCUGCAUUUCUCUGGCUGAAGCUAUUAAGUCCAAUAGAGUCUCAUCUCUUAAACACUUGGACCUGAGUUACAAUCACCCUGGAGACAAAGGGAUGAGGGCUCUCAAUGCAAUAGUUGAGGAUCCAAAUAAGAAACUUGAGCCAGUGAACUUUGACUAUGAAGGAAAACUUCGUCUAAAACCUGGUUGGAGUAAAUAUGGAGCAGAUCUUAUGUUCGAUAAGACCACAGCAAGCAGACGGCUUGUUCUGGUUGAAAACAACAAAAAGGCAAAAACUGAUAAUGAUGUCAAGAAGCAGAAAAUGCGAAAUACAAGUGACGAAAUGUUCAAAAGGACCCAGGUAUUUUGUGAUGAGGGCCUGAAACGACUUUGUUACUGGGAAGUGGAAUGGAAAGGCGUGGUGGGAAUUGCUGUGGCAUAUAAAGAUGUGGGUAGAACCUGGAACCGUGAUGGUGGUCUGGGAUGCAACGACAAGUCCUGGAGUUUGCUCUGCUCCAAGACUGGAUACAAAGCCAUGCACAAAAACACAAAAAAAGAAAUCAAAGUCUCUACAUGCAACAAAAUAGGUGUGUUUCUUGACUGGGAGAGAGGAACUCUAAGGUACUACAGCAUAUCAUCAGAGAAGCGGAGCUUGAUUCAUACGUUCAAAGCAAAAUUCAGAGCAGAGCUUUUUCCAGCCUUCUGGUUUAAGAAAGGUUCUGUGACUUUGUGUGACCUGUAGAUUUAUGAGAGCACAAGUUAGAAAGACUGGAAGCACUUAGAGCAGUGUGAAGAAGUGUUUGCCCCCUUCCUGAUUUAAUUUUUUUGCAUAUUUGUUACACUUCAGUGUUUCAAAACAUUAAAACAAUUUACAUAUUAGUGACACAAUUGGACACAAAAUUGAGUUUUUAAAUAAAUGUCUUUAUUAUUAAGGGAGAAAAAAAUUCCAAAUCUACAUCGUCCUAUAUGAAAAAGUGUUUGUCCCCUAAACUUAACUGAUGAGGUCACCCAAAGCAGCAGCAAUUAACAAUUUACAAUAACUGCAAAUGAGUGUUUUACAGCUGUGCAUGAAUUUUGGCCCAUUCAUCUUUGCAGAAUUGUUAUAAUUCUGUCACAGCUGAAGGUUUUUCAGCGUGAACAGGCUUUUUAAAGACAUGCCACCACAGCAUCUAAAUUCAGGUCAGGAUUAUGACUGGGCCACUCCAAAGUCUUCAUUUUGUUUUUUUGUUUAUAUGGCAGAGGCCUCUGAGCUUAACUGAGACAGUUCUUCAAAUGUUGUUGUGUGACCUCUAUGGUGCUUUUCCACUAGACGGCCCCUAACCAAUACGGUCUCGGUCCGCCUCAGCCAGAUUCAUUUUCCAUCAGUAGAUCCGGCGUGACUCAGCCCAGCUGUUCUCAGAUCCUCAGAUCUACUUGAAGGGUAGUAAUGAUGAGGAGGGUACGGCACUGAAACAAUGUGAUUGACUGCUGACACUGAGUGGUUCGUGAUUUACGUCAUUGAAAACUCCAAACAAUGUUAUAGUUUAGCUGUGGACAUGCGAUCUGCUGUCAGAGAGCUGCUUAGGAUGGAAGUGUGUAAUUAUAACUUUAAUCACAAGCAUCACCAGGAACAUGUGUUGCAGCAGGAUGACUGUGUUUUAGCAGAGCGUUGCUCUGAAGAACGAUCAGCAAUAAGUAAGAGACAAAUGGUGAAGCUGUGGUCAGCUUUCUGAUGGAGCUGCUGUUUUGUGCAAACAAUGUGAAACACUGGAACUGUGUAAUAUUAGUUUGUGAUGUGAAUUUGAUUUUUCCUAUAGAUUUAACAAAACAAAAAAGUUUAUGUGUAACUAUUGGUUUACAUCUUUUGACUGAAUUAUCUAAAUUCAAAAGGUUGCACAUUUAAAAAAAAAUGCCAGGAUGUAAUUAUGAUUAUAUGCAUAGUGAAAUAAAUAGCUGUAUUGACUCUUUAUGUUUCAUUUUGUAAGACAAAAUGAAAUAUCUGGGCUUAUUUGAGUUCAUCAGAACCAGAAUCUCGAAGUUCUCCAUUGCUGAGUGAGGCAUGUCAAAGACAAAUGAAAUGACUUGAGCACAGAGAACAAAACUAACAAUUCUUUAUAAUAUGCUUUGAUCAAAGAAAUGUGUUUUAUGUUUGUGGUUAAUGGGAUGUGAGAACUAAAAUAAAAGUUGAUUCUAAAGCAUCUCUGAAAGCUAAGACUGCAUAUUUUGUAUUAUGUGAAAUAUUUUUUCCUCUGAGUUUGAUAUCACUGUUUAGACAGGCUUCUGAACUUUUACUUUAAACCUGUAACAUUAAAACUGUUGUUUUUAUUAUUUCUGAAUUUUCCAUGUACAUUUUCAACUUUAUCAAAUACAAGCCUGUUAUUUCAACUGUUUGAUGAAAUCCAGAAGAUUUUUUAUUGUACUUUUUUAUUCUGUAUUGAAAACAAAUUUGGUGAUUGAUAAAACUGACCUUUAACUUUUUUCCUUUACCUUAAGAAAAA